AUGCUAUUCUCAUUUCUGAUUUAUGCGGACAAUUUAACUGGAAUUUGUGUACCAAAGGAACAUAUAUUUUGGAGUCUACUUUUAUAGGAAUAUCCGACUGUCUAUUUCGCCCAUCCUUUUCCCAAUUUCACGAGGGAAGAGAAGCAACUUGGGAUGCCAAAGCGAAGAAGAAUAACUACCAGGACUGGACCGUUCCUAAUGAAGAUGGACCUUCGAAAGGUGGUCUUGGGCCUAGACUGGUCCAUGAAGACCCCUCCUUAGCCCCUCCCCAUGACGAUCCCGGUCUGAAGAAGGGACUGGGUUACGGUCUCGAUGAGGAAAUCGAGGUCGACGUCAGGGAAAUGGUACGAAAAUAUGAAGAUCACGACCUUGGAGAGGUUGCAGAUGGUCCGGAGAGACAAGUACCAGCGAUCAGACCCAACAUCAAGACAGAUCAAUCGGACAAUCAAUACCACCAAGAAUUAGAAGAGAACUUGGGUCCUUCCUUUCACCACGAAGAAUCCCAUGAAGUACGUGAUGAGGAACAAUAUGAGAAUCCAGCAUUCCAACCAGAAGACGACCUUCAAGAACCAGAGAAAUUUCAUCACGAAGAUCCGCCACCAGGCAACCGCAUGUCUCAUCAUAUCCAACGGCAACACUCUGACGCACUCCCUGCCCAACCUGCCUACGAAUUCGACGCCGCGGCUGCACGCGAGGCUUCAAAAUCCCAGUGGUCCGCCGAACGUCCAGGGGCUCCAUCGGUAAACGAACGGAGGCCACUGGACACCAUGCCAGCGGUUCCUGCCCGAGAGAUGACCGCUGCGCGCUGCGACCGCAAAAGCGGCGGUGACUACCGCUCUCGAAAGGCUUCGCUACCACCAGUUCCCGGCUACAACGGCGGUGACGACAUCGCCGCUCAGAAGAAGAAAGCGGCUGCCGAAGGUGCUGACCGGAGGAGCUGGAAAUCGAGGGCGCGGGGAAAUGGCAUGGUGGAUUACGUGGUUUCGAAGACGGGGUCGAAAGCGAAUCGGACUGUCGUGAUUCUUAUCGCUUCAGGUCUGCUCGCCAUUUUCAUCACCAUCCUGUUCAUGAUCAUCUAUUUCUCAACAGGAAAUAAGGCAUUGCCGACAGUGACAAUUCAACCAACUGAUGCACGACCAACCGAUACAGGAGGAUCCAUAGUCAUUGUUGGAGUAAACUUAGAUGCCACCGUUCGUCUGUCGAACCGGGCUUUCAUCCCUCAGUAUAAUAACGAUUUGUCACCUCAGUACAAAUCACUGGCUGACAAUUUUACCAACUCGAUGGACGACGUUUUCUAUGGAAGCGAUCUCGGUGACGUAUAUAACGGCACACACGUCAAUGGAUUUAGCUCUGGCAGCGUCAUCGUGGACUUCGUGAUCCGACUUCUCUCUCCACCCAUGACCGCCCCGGGAGACAUGACCACGCCAGCAGGGUCCAUCGAAGACCGACUCAAGAAGGUCGAGGAGGACGUCCAAGCUGCGGUCCAAGCCGUAAUUGAAGACGCCGCCGAUGAUGGUGGCCUGGACGAACUCGGUGUCGAUGCGACAUCAUUCGUUGUCACCGAUGUGGGGGUGGAUGUCCGCGUAAUAACUGAAGCGCCGACCACAAGUUCUCCUCCCGAAACAACGCAGAUACCGACAACACAGGGCCCCACAACAGAGAUACCGACAACAGAGAUACCGACAACACAGAGACCCACAACAGAGAUACCGACAACACAGAGACCGACAACAGAGAUACCGACAACACGGACUCCAGAUACCACCCCUCCUUCCAUUAAUUGUCCGGAGAGCGAAGUUUUCUACUUAGCAAAUGGUGAGUUUUCUGCGAAUGUCACUUGGCCUCCUAUCGACGCCACAGACGACUCAGGUCAGGUGACAGUUACGACGGAUAUGAGUGAAGGAUUGUGGGAUACCGGGGAUUAUACUGUGGUUGCCACGGCAACGGAUCCCGCGGGAAACUCCGCCGACUGCUCGUUCAAUAUUACAAUAAAAGCUCGUACGUGCCCGGCUGGUUGGUUGCGGAGGUCGAAUAGUUGCUAUCGUCUGGCUUGGUCCGAUCCCGUACCGUACGCGCAGGCCCUGCAGCUCUGCAGCGAGCUUGGAUCUUUCCCCUUCAUACCAAACGUAAGGGCCGAGUUCGAUUUCGUCGUUGAAUUCCUGGGCGAAGCCGACCUCGGCAUCCAGACCAUCUGGCUAGGGUGUGAUGAUACUAACAUGGAUGGGAAGUUCCUUUGCCUGGAUGGAAAACGCAUUCUCUUGCACAACCCUUGGUGGGCACCUGGUCAACCAGACUCAUACGAGACAGAGAACUGUUUAGUGUUGUUUCUUGGUGCUAUGAAUCUACACGACUAUCCUUGCACCUGGACCAAUCCUACCCUAUGCGAGAGAGACGCAGAAUAAUCGCCUAAACGGCUUUGACGUCUAGCCACGCAGAUCACUAUCAACAUAAAAGUACAUUGUCUAAGGAAAUCCCGACGUAUGGACGGACGAAACCUUUGGCAUUCGUCACCUACAUAUAAAAAGAAAACCAGGCCUAAAACAUGUACAAUAUACUGUAUAUCAUAAACUGCCUGCUGAAACAAAGACAA